AUGUUACCAACACCAAGAGAAACCAAUCAGUAAAUGAAUAAAUUAGGUGAGCAAUCCAUUAAGGGAAACGACUUUUCAGUUAAGAAAACCUAAAAGACAAAAGAUUAUAAUUUAGAAGCCAUGUAUAAUUAUUAUUAAACAACUACUAAGAUAGCCAAUAUAUUAAAAUUCAUAAGAAAGUUUAUCGAAUUGCAAUAGUAAUAAGUCUAGUUCCAAAAAUUCCAUCGGAUUUGAUUAGUAACCCAGUUAUAUCGAAGAGUAGUAAUGGAAAUCCUCUCAUUAUCAUACAAAUACUGCGCCUGUUCAUUUGUAUUAAAACAUUGCUGAGAACGAUGCAGCAUUUUUAAUAAAAGAUUAAGAUACAGGUAUUAGUAAUUUAGAACCUAGGAAAUGUUUAUGAUAUUAGAAAUACAGAAAAGAUCCCUGUGAACAGAGAGUACAUGACAAAAUUGAAGAAGAGACAUAAAUCAGCAUGGUAAGGUUGGUGGUAAUAGAAAAAAGAGAACAAUCGAAGUUUAUUAAAUUAUGUUAAAUCGAAUAAUAUAAAGGAAGUGGAGAAACUUUUAGAGAUUGCAUCCAAGGAUUUGAAACCUGAAAUAAAUAUAAGAGAUGACUCUGGUAUUAAAUAUUAUAAUUUAAAAAGGAUUGAUUCCAUUACAUUAUAGCUGCAUGAAUCAGAACUACGAAUUAGCAUUAUUACUUUUAAAAAAUGAGGCUGAUUGCGACUUAACAAAUUCACAAGGAUAAACAGCAUUAGGUAUUUGUGCUUAAAAAGGGUGUGAAUACAUCUUGUCAUUGUUGUUAACUAUAGGUGCUGAUAUUAAUCACAUGGACAAUCUUUAAAAUACUCCAUUGCAUUAUGCUUGUUAUUUUUGUAAAUUAAUGGCGUAAUCUUAGAACACAAGAGGAUUGCUGAAAUUUUAUUGGCUAGGCCUUCAAUAAUGAUAAAUAUUAGGAAUCUGGAUGGCAAAACACCUUAUGAUUUAGUCCAACAUUGUCCUGCUCUGAAAAUACUAUUUGAUAAACACUAGAAGGUAGUGAAUCAACUUAAUUAAGAUGAAAUAAGAUUCAUUUAACUUAUGUUAAAGAGUUAGAAUCUUUGAAGAAUCUAAUGAAAGAGUAAUCACUUCCCCUAAUAGUAAAUAAUAAGCAAAUGCUUAUCAAAUGUUGGUGCGUUGUUAAUCUCCAUAAAAAGUUGAAUACAUGAAUUCUCAUUCAAAUAGAUCAACAGCCUACAUCCAUCCUGCAUAAGAUUAUACUGAAGUAAUUGGACCAUCUUCAAUUAGAAUAAUAUUACAAAUAGGUAAAGGCUCAUUUGGGGAUGUUUAUUUGGUUGAAAAGAGAAUAACUGGUAGACCUAAUCAAGGACCAAAAUUGGCUAUGAAGGUUUUACCUAAGAAUAAAUUCCUUGGAUAAAAUUUGCUAAGGUAUGCUUUAACCGAAAGAAAUAUUCUGUCUUAUUUGAAUCAUCCAUUUAUUGUUAAAUUAAGAUAUGCAUUUUAAACAAAUACUCAUUUAUGUUUAUUAAUGGACUUUUGUCCUGGGGGUGAUCUAUCUAAAUUAAUACAAAGACAAUAAAGAUUAUCAGAACAAUAAGCUAAAUUGUACUUUGCUGAAAUAUUGACUGCAUUGGAACACUUACAUUAAAAUGACAUUAUAUACAGAGAUUUAAAGCCUGAGAAUGUUGUCAUUGACCAAUAUGGACAUGCUAUGUUAACAGAUUUUGGAUUAUCAAAAGAAGGAAUUCAUGACAAUUAUGGAGCCAAAAGUUUUUGUGGCUCUAUGGCAUAUUUGGCUCCUGAAAUGCUAAAAAGAGUCGGUCAUGGUAGGGCUGUUGAUUGGUAUCAUAUGGGUAAUUCAAUUUGAUUACAGCUAGGGAUCUUAUUAUAUGAAAUGAUUACUGGUCGACCCCCAUAUUUCUCGGCCAAUAGAGAUGAAAUGAUAUACAAUAUCGAAUAAAAUAACAUUCAAUACCCAGAAACAAUCACAAAAGAAUGCAAAUCUAUGAUAUAAUCUCUCUUAAUUAAGAAUCCUAUGUAGAGACUAGGUGCCUCCUAAAGAGAUGCCGAUGAGAUUAAGGAUCAUCCAUUUUUAAAAUAAAUAAAUUGGAAGGAUUUAUUAAAUAGGUAUUCUUCAUUAAAUAUAAAUAAAGAAAAUAUAAACCACCAAUUCCAGUAAUUAAUGAAGAUAUACUUAAUUAAGAAUUCGAUAUACCUUUUGAUUUUAUACUUUCUGCAGAUAAAUCUAGCGCAAUUAAUUACAUUAAUGGUUGGUCAUUUGUUAACAAUGAUUUUGUACAAUUUUGA